GUCCCUCUGUGUCAGUGAGUCCCUCUGCUGAGAUGAUGGAGGGUGAUUCAGUGACUCUGACCUGUAGCACUGAUGCUAACCCAGCAGCUAACUACACCUGGUACAAGGAGCAUGAAGACUCACCACGAGCAUCAGGACAGAUGUUCACCAUCACUGACUUCAGAGCUGAACACAGUGGGAAUUAUUCCUGUGAAGCCCAGAACCAGAUGGGACGUAGUAACUCCACCUUACUUCAGAUUACUUUUUCAGGAAAAGAAAGCUUCUUAUGGUCAAUAACAACAACAGCAGCUGUUGCGUCCACAUCUACUAUUUUCCUGAUGAUCACGAUCCUUGCUGCCUUUCUCUGGAUCAGAAGAAAAAUGUCCUCACAAAGCUUUUUCCCAUGGAAGAUACCAGACAACAGCGCUGAGAUCCCACUGGUGCAGCUUUGCAGCGUGAACUUUUCCGGAACCCGGAAGGAUCUUCUCUACUCCAACAUCAGGCCAGCUCGCCCCUCCAGGGGCAAGCAGGAAGAGGAGGAAGAGGAGUACAUGUAUCAACUUUAAAAGUUCUGGUGCUGCCAGUGAGUGAGACUUUGACAAUUUUGCUGCUUUUAUCAUCACUGUUUGUUUAAACAUGUUAAUUCUUCAUGGUGUGAGUUUACGGUUUUUUAACUGAUGGAGGUGUGAAGGAGCUGUGGAUGAUUCUUCUGCUCUGUACAGCACCGUCAGCAAAGCACCAAGAGAAUGAAGCCACACGGACAUGUGGUACUUUACAUAGUUUAAGCACACUGUAACAAAUUACUGUAACAAAUUACUGUAACAAAUUACUGUAACAAAUUACUGUAAAAUUACGAGGAAUUCUCAACAGUAGCAUACUGUUAUUCGUCAAUACAGUACUGUAAAAUAUUGCAAAGGUUGAUGUCUUGGAAGAAUAUAUUUUUUGCAGUACAGUAGAGUGUUCCGAUUGUAUUGAACAGUUAUUUAAGUAUCUUGAAUGUUUUUUGUUGUUGAAUAUGUUUCCAUUUGUUGCACCAUACUACCAGAUCUAUACAAGCAUCUUCAAGUUACAUUCAUCUAUAAAGAGUCUUUACCAAUUUUGCCAAUAUGCUUCUAUUUAUUUUCCUAAUUUUUUACCUUUUUGUAUAAGAACUUUUCUCAACUUAAAGCGGCUGAAUUGGACUUUCAGAGCCUUAAUAUUACAUCUAAAUGUCCAAUGUAGACUUUUUGAGUUGACACAUAUCUAUAUCUAUAUAUAGAUAUAUAUCCCCUCCAUAAGACA